AUGCUGCUCCAUUCAGUUUCGUGUGAGACCCACGCAAGUAAAUAUUCGCUGCAUAGGAAUAGAGGAAGGCCAAGUCUGCCAAGAACAUGCUCAUCUCGCAAUAGCAUAUCAUCCAGCAAUAGAAAACAGAGUCUUCCGAACGAUGAAGUAUCAAUACCCCCGUCAAUGAAAUCCGUAAUAUCACAGGUGGGUGAUGCUACAUAUGUGCAGAGAAAGAAACGUCUACUAGAUGAUCCCUUACAAUCCGGAAGUAAUAGUAACAAUACAAAUGUUCCACUAGGAGUUCCCAAAAUAUUCCAUUUACACGAUUUAGAUAUGGAGACAGAGUUUCAACCUGAUGAAAUAGAACUAUCUCCACCGUUAUACGAACGUCCGAAGAAUACACAAAGUCAAAACAACUCAUAUAUCGGGGCACGGGAAGACACCUGUGAAUUAGAAUAUUGGCCUGAUUCUGCAUCUACAUCUUCAAAUUCUUCCGUGGUUUUACCCGAUAGAAGGCCAAGACAACCGGGUUUGAAUCCACAUUUUUUGAAACUAUACGCUGCAGAAACUACGUGCAAAAUCCAACAAACCUUACCGUGUGUUAAUAUUGAUGAAUCACUACUUAAACAGUUAUCAUAUCACGAUUUGCGUCAAAUUAACGUUUCCACACCUCAUGCAUCUGGCGAGGCGAUAAGAUUAGCACUAGCGACAAGAAAGAAACUUUGGACUGAAAUGAUCAAACCGCAACGGCAAGAUCUAUAUGGAGAAUCAAUCCCACAAAAUCAGAGAUUCGUACUUACCCAUAGCCCACAACAGGGUAGACAAGGUUCUUUACUCAGGAUUGAUUCCGAUGUUAAACCUUGGACUUUCCACGAAAAUAGUACGAUGUUAAGACCCUGUGGAACCCUGAAGAUGGGUAGAGGUAAACCCGACGUUCAGUACGUGGUCAAAGGAUGGUGCGAUUCAAGAUUCUCCUAA